UCAACUGGCUUCACACUCGCUUACCUCACCUCUCUCUCUCUCAGAUCCCUUCGCUUUACCCUUUCUCUCGGCGCCCAUGCCGCCUCCUUCGCCGUGAGCCCUUCUGCCCUUGAGCUAGGGUUCGACUAGAUCGGAGGAUCAAUAGCAUUCUGAGCUGAUCGGAGGCGGAUCGGUUGAACUCCGGGCGCGCAGGGGAGAGAAGCGAUGACUUCCGGGACGAGGAUGCCAACGUGGAGGGAGAGGGAGAACAACCGGCGGCGGGAGCGGCGGAGGCGUGCGAUCGCGGCCAAGAUCUACACCGGCCUGCGUAUGCACGGGAACUACAAGCUCCCCAAGCACUGCGACAACAACGAGGUCCUCAAGGCCCUGUGCGACGAGGCCGGGUGGGCCGUCGAGCCCGACGGCACCACCUAUCGCAAGGGGUGUAAACCUCCAGUAGACCGCAUGGAUAUGGCAGGCGGCUCGACUUCAGCAAGUCCAUACUCUUCGAACCAGCCAAGUCCAUGUGCGUCGUAUAACCCCAGUCCUGCUUCUUCGUCGUUUGCAAGUCCUGCUUCUUCAUCCUAUGUUGCCAAUACUAACAAUUUGACCAUUGGUGCCUCUGCUAACUCCCUCAUCCCUUGGCUUAAGAAUCUCUCUUCAAGUUCCUCUGGUGCUUCCUCAUCCAGGUUCAUACACCAACACCCUUUUUUCAUCCAUGGUGGUUCCAUGAGUGCGCCUGUUACCCCUCCCUUGAGUUCCCCAACUGCUCACACACCUUGUAUUAAAACUGGGUGGGAUGAUCCGAAUGCACAACCGCCUUGGGUGAAUACAAGCUACACUUUCCUCCCAAAUUCCACACCGCCAAGUCCUGGACGACAGAUCAUUCCAGACCCAGCUUGGAUUGCAGGACUACAGAUUGAGUCAGGAUCUCCUUCAUCCCCCACAUUCAGCCUUGUUUCCUCAAACCCGUUUGGUUUCUCAGGUGGAGGUUCUUCGAGAAUGUUGACUCCAGGGCAGAGUGGUACAAGCUCACCUGUCAUGCUUGGCAUGCCGCACAAUACUGAUAUUCACAUGUCCCAUAACAUUUCGGAUGAGUUUGCUUUCGGAAGCAAUAUCAAUGGCAGUAACCUACAAGGUCAACUUGUGAAGCCCUGGAAGGGAGAGAGGAUCCAUGAGGAAUCUGGAUCAGAUGAUUUGGAGCUCACUCUUGGGAGCUCAAGGACAAGGGGGGGAGACUCCUAAUUGAUUCAAAGAUAGCAGCAUAUUCUGAAAGCCCCUUUGUUUCGAUGUUCCUGAGUUCUUUUUCCUUCAAAGAGAAAUAUAGAGAAAGCUUAUGGACAUCCAAUUGUUUCAUGCAAUCAGCUUCCAUCCUCUUCGAAUUCUGUGAGAAAGUCUGUUAGGUUUGAGGCAUUUAACUUCACUGUGCACUUCGUGCCAAAAUGUGCAUCAGAAGGAAGAAUAAUUGCCAUCUACAGUGGGCUUCUUUGACCAUUGCUUUAUAGUUUGAAGGUUAAAGUUACAUUACAUCGUUUUAGUUCAUUGUACUAUUCUUGCUGUUGUACGCAUUUAUGUAAGCCUGCCUGAAAACCUCGGAUGGGUUAUUGAUUUACCCUUUUUCUGUAGCACCGUAAAACUGGUAGAUGCUGCGAUAUGUUAUUUGUGAUUCUGUUACAUUUGCAUUUUUCUCCCAUUUGAGACCCAUGUCAUGUAAGAACAGAAAUAGUGCCUAAUUCGGUCACUUUGAUAUUAUCACUAA